CAUGUCUCCCCAGACAUUGUUAUUGACAUUCCUUGGUGCUCUUCUUAUCAAUGGUUCUCAGAGUGCAAAUAUUCUCGCGGUAUUCAGCUGCCCCGUUCCCUCGCAUUUAAUUGUGGAAAUGUCAAUGGCCAAGGUACUGGCCGAGAAUGGACACAAUGUGACGGUGAUCACAACUAUAAAGCCGCAUGUUUCUCACAAAAACAUAAACCUGAUAUACAUACCACUCACCAAGGAGGAGCAGCAGUUACAGAACUCUGGCCUGGCCAACAUGGUUGAAAGAGACAAUUCCAACAUGAUAACGGCUAUCUUUCGCAUGCGGAAGGAAUUGUCGUUAAUAUUUAAUAAAAAUCGCGAUGUAAUGAAAGAUCCCCGUAUCCAGGAUCUUUACGAGAACAAAGAUAACAAGUUCGAUCUGGUUAUGCUCGGUUACUUCUUGAACAGCUUUCAGUUAGGCAUAGCUCAAAAGCUAAAGGUGCCUGUUGUAAUAGCGACCUCGAUGUUCCAAUCGGAAAUAUUCGACGUCAUGUUAGGCAAUAUCCAAGCACAAGCCUAUGUUCCAACAGUAUCUGUUUCCGUCGAAAAAGGGCGCGCAAUGACUUUUGCACAACGCUUGUCCAAUUUAAUUACACUCGGUGCCUUUAAGUCUUAUAUGUAUCUUACGGAAAAAGAUAAUCUAGAGGCAUACAACGAGCUCUAUGGAAACGAUCCGGCCAUGCCAAAAUAUGAGGAUCUGAACAAAAAUGUAUCGCUAAUAUUCUUCAAUUCUCAUGCCCUCAGUGAAGGUCCCAUUAGGCCUAGUUUUCCAGGUGCCAUAGAAGUAGGAGGAAUACAAAUCAAGGAAAAGCCCGAUCCCUUGCCCAAAGAAAUUGACAAUUUUUUACGGAAUGCUACAGACGGUGCUAUCCUUCUGAGCCUGGGCUCCAAUGUAAAGGGAGCCUUUUUAAAGGCCGACAUAGUCCAAAACAUGUUCAAUGUUUUAUCCAAACUAAAACAGAGAGUCAUUUGGAAAUGGGAAAAUCUGGAAAAGACUCCUGGCAAAUCAGAUAAUAUACUAUACUCAAAAUGGUUACCACAGGAUGAUAUUCUAGCACAUCCAAAGAUCAGGCUCUUUAUAAAUCAUGCAGGAAGAGGCGGCAUAACCGAGUCUCAGUUUCAUGGAAAGCCCAUGCUCUCGCUUCCUGUGUUCGGCGAUCAGCCUGCCAAUGCUGAAAAAAUGGUGAAGGAUGGGUUUGGUCUAAGCAUGAGCUUAUUAACCCUGGAGGAGCAACCUUUUCAUGACAAAAUUAUAGAAGUUCUCGAGAAUCCCGAAUAUACCCAAAAGGUGAAAGCGUUUUCGAAGCUAUUCCGCGAUCGCCCAAUGACUGCGCGUCAGAGCGUGCUCUAUUGGACCGAGUAUGUUCUGAGACAUCAUGGAGCACCUCAUUUGCAAAGUCCCCUAGUUCACAUGAGCUUCAUAGCAGCCAAUAAUUUGGAUGUUUAUGCGCUGUUAUUUAGUUUCCUAAUUAUUAUUUUAUUAAUAAGCAAAGUAGUUAUAAAAAGUCUUUACAGAAAGCUAACAGGAAAUACAAAAAAAGAAAAAAAUGUUGGGAAGGCCAAGAAGUUGAAGACUAAGUAA